GUGACCUUUAUUUAUCACAAUUUACGUCACAAAGUGAAAGUAUUUUCCAUAUAGAAGACUGCCAAUAUGUUGAGUUUGGUUUUGAUGAUGAUAUGAUGGCGGAAAGUGCUGAAUACCCGAAUAAUGUAAAUGGCGGAGCAUGGUAUUUUCGUGUGAAUAAAACCGAUUCAGCAAGGGUUUGGAGAGAAUUAUUAAUGUUAUUGAUCGGUGAACAAUUUGAAGAUCAUCUUCUCGAAGAUGAUGAUAUCUUUGGUUUAACUGUUUCGUCCAGGGCAACAUCUGACAUCUUCAAUAUUUGGAAUAAGAAUGCUGAUGCAAGUCAACAUUCAACAGUCUUGGAAAAACUGAAAACUUCUUUAUCACCAACGGAAUUACAAAUGCCAUACUAUAAAGCUCACUCAGAACACGCGGCAUUUAAAAAAACAGAACCUAGAUUUAAUCGGCAAAGAUAG